CAUACUUCAGGGACUUUCUGCACUGAAGAAAGGAAAACAAUCUCGCGUGCAUAAUGUCGAUGACAUUUGUAUCUGGACGACAGCGAACAGAGCCAACUCAACAGACAGUCCAGUCGGUACGAAAUCAUGUUACUUUUAACAUUUUAAACAGUAAGCUUAUAAGCAGUGAACUAGAAGCGCACGUUGCUCAUUGACAAACAAGAUGACAUGACCGUCCAAUCUUAUGAUAAAAGUAAAGAGUUUGUGCAUUGUUUGGAAUAUUAUUGUUUUUUACAGAUGGUUGGUUUAUCUAAAAAAAUUCUUUAAUCUUUCAGCUACUAGAUGAGAAUUCACAGCUUAUUCAGGUAUAAUAUAAAGUAAACUUAAGCCUACAGAUUUCAAUUGAAAUUUGUUGUUUGAAGGUAGUUUUGAUUCAGCAUCAUACAAAUUACAGUGAGUUUAUAUGUCGUCUUGUUUUUACUUGGUAAAAUUUUUUUGUUUUGUUUUUUAUUUGCUAUUUGUUCUUAUUGACUCUCUUAAAACUAAAACGAAAGUAAUUAUUUAUCACCGACUCUCGCCACCGAAAGUCUAAUAUGUUAAUCAGAUUUGCAAGGGAAAUAACCACCCCCAACGACAGGGGAAACAUUUGAAAAGCUAUUCUUUAUUGAUCCAAAAUCAGCUGAGAAAGAAUGCAAAUCAAUAACAGGAUGGAGAACUAUAGAGGAAAAGAAAGCAUUAAAAUGUUCAACUUCUUAAUUAGUUGACUAAAAUGUUUUGAUUUCUCAUGUAAACUAUGGGUUGAAAUGUGUUUACCUUAAUUUUGGUUUUACCUCCAGGCUAUUGUGGAUUACCAAAAUAAAGGAAAGGCAUAUGAAUGCACACAGUAAGUAUGGCAGAAAAUGUAAUAAGAAUAAUGAUCAUUGUGAUGAGUAUCACAAUUUAGCAUUAUUUCAUACAAUAUUGUUGCUCUUGUUCUUGAACAUUCAUUCCAGCCUUCUUGAUUUAAUUAGGAGUUUCCUGAUUUGAGUUGCUACCUCUUUCUCUGUCGAUUUUUCAAACACACUGCUGAUUUCUGGAGAAAGGAGAGAAAAAACUAAAAUGAAAAAUUUGGAGUUUGUUUUUAGCAACAAAUGGACUGUCUAGCGUAGAGAAGGCAGUGAUGGUAGGACUGGAUAAGAAUGUUAUCCAGAGGCCCCAAGUACAAUGACUGGCCUGAAAACUAGCUGGAUUUCCUCUCAGUAGUCCUUAGUUCAGAUUCUCAUUCAUGCUUGUAAAUGGCCUACUGGUUUGUCAUUAACCAUUUGAGAUUCUUAACUCUGUCACACUUAUUUGAAUUAUUUGGCCCUAUUGUUGGUUAUUCAUCCCACUACCGUUCGGUGUAUAAACACUGCCGAAGGUGGAUAAAAAAGAUACUUGUAAAUAUUAUUUUAACAGUAAAAAUGUUGCUAAAACAUGACAUGUGACCAUGUAGAGUCAUGAUCAAUUCUUCAUGGGGUAGAAUAAUUAUAUUCUGAUGAACAUGUCUUACAAACACCCCUCUCUUACAAACGUAACCAGUGCCAUUGGCAAAAUAAGUCUCCCUAUUUUCUGUAUUUUAGGGUUGAAAUGUCUAUUGCUAUGAUCAUUUCUUUCUUUUAAAGGAGAAGUUAAAAGACUGAGAUUUUCUACUGGCAUAAGUCAAAAUAAGGAAGUGAUGAAUUGAUGUUUAAAAAUGAUAUUUAUAUUAACAUGCUUUGUAGUGACAAUCCAAUUUCCUAAGUACAGUGGAACCCCACCCUACGGAUUCUUGCGUAAUAGCCUUAGGGACACCCGUAUAUAAUGAACAGUUUCAUUUGUCCCAACAAAAAGCUCCUUUUUUUUUUCUUAAUUGACCUGCUUAAUAUGGACAACAGACAGUUGCGUGUGUCGUGAGUCACAAACUUUCUAUUUAUUGUCAGCUCAGGUGCUUUGUGGACAAUGAUUAGCUGUGCACUGUUUAUGACUGAACUUUUUAAAAAAGGAUCUGUCUAAUAUUCAGUCCACCUGGCUGAGUUGAAAACUAAAAGCAUCAGUACAAAGUCACAGAUUCCAUUGACAUGUUUCGUGAACAACACUUAAAACUAGAGGUAAUUUUAGACCAAGACCAUGAUAAAUGAUCAUAAGUUAUCAUUAGGAUGAACUUCAUACAGUCACAGUUAAGUAAUUAAGCAAGGUUUUCUGUUUUCUUUAGUCUAAAUAUUGAUAAAAACAUGUAUCUGUGAGGUUAUUUUUUUCUGUGAGCCCACUUAGUACUGACACCUGAAUAAUAAGGACACUAUGGCAUGUCCCCUUGAUGUAACCACCACUGUGGUGUUAUUUUAUAGCUUCACUAAUCAUUGUGGAUCUACUUUUUGUCCUUAGAUACCAGCAACUCUUGCACCGCAAUCUAGUGUACCUUGCUACAUUAGCUGACUCCACUCAAAGCAUGCAGAACACCAUUCCUGUAUGUGCUCAUUAAUAGUACAGUUACAGAUAAUGUGCUUAUUUAGGGGGGCCUUCAUAAAGAGGGGGUUGGGGGUAGACUGUAAGUAGGACUUGUCCUCCUAUUUGGUUUCCAGUUAGGGGAUUAAGACAUGCACCCUAUUGCAUGGAUGGAGUUUUUGUUCGUACAAUAUCUGUAAAGAUUUUACCAAUUAAAUUAAUGUAGAUGUAAAAGUAGAUGUAUUGUCAAUUUUUAAAUGGCUGUAAAAACAGUGUUGCAACCAAUUUUAUAAUUAUACUCCUGUAAUCCUAAAUGGAAAGGGUUGACAUCUGAAAUCACCAAAUUAGUAAUGGUAACAGGACUGAGUGGAGUCCAAUUCGGUCUGUAAUCAUACGAGUGAUUAACAAAAUCGGACGACCACGUAGCGGGAGUCCGAUUUGUUUAAUCACGAGUAUGAUUACAGACCGAAUUGGACGACACAAAGUUCUGUUACCAAUUAAUCGUAACUUUAACAAAAUUUGUGAUAUAAUAGGCUAUUUUUUAAAUUAAAACACAAGAAAUUCGAAAUUUUGUUAUGCUAGCAGUGAAAAAAAAAGCCAUUUAAGUGCGCGCGUGAUGGCGCGUACUGUCCAAUUACUUAGGCAUGAGGCGUACUGUCCUAUUAACUGUCCAAUUAAGGCUGAAAUCAGGGCAGUUGAUAGCCAAUCAGAUUUGACAAUUUUGUUAUAGUUAUGAUUAUUAUUAUAACAGGCCCCAGGUGCACAGGGAAGUUCCACAAUGAAGACACCUCCGGUUUCAGUUACCCCACCUACAGGCUCUGGUAUGUUACAACCAGGUGUACCAGACAUGACACCCAACUCCAGCUCAUCUACAGACAUGAUGUCAAAUGCACCGGUAAUGAACAGUGGAAUGCCAUCAGGCAUGAACGAUCCUAUGAAGUCUAACAUGCCGUCACAGCUUGGAGGAAUGACUGGUCCCACCUCAGCAGGUUAUGGUGCCAGCUCUGUUAGUGGGAUGGGACAGUCCACUUCAUCUCCCCCUCAGCUGCAACAUCCACCUAUGACAGUGCAGAGUCAUAUGGGGUAUCCUAACCCUCCUCAGACCCAGCCAGGCCGACCUAUUGCCCCACCCCCAAUGUCAGCAUCCAUGGGUAAUUUACCUCCUCAGGUGCCAAUUCAAUCCCAUGCCCCACCCAUGGGUCAACAUAUGUUGUCCCAGAACCAGCAGCAAUCACAACAGUACAUGAUGCAGCAGCGGCAGCUCUCAUAUAGACAAGGAGCACCCCAACAGGUCUGUUAUGUUUUAUGUUUCGUUUAAUCUGCUAUCAGGGAGCCCUGUCAUCAAGGGCCGGGCGACGGGGAUUCCCCCGGCUACUGUAAACAUGGUCCCCGGCUACAUGUACUUUCAUAGGAAAAUAGAGAAAAAAUAUAACCAAAAGAAAUCAAUAGCUUUUGAUACCCCACCUAGUCCUUGUAUUUAGCUGGCAACUUGAAAUCUUAGUGACAGCCCUGUGCUAUCAUUUUCACAUUCUAAUCAGGUUUUUCUCCAGAAAACAUCCUAUAGCCUUCAAGGAGAGGAUGAUUUCAUGGUUUCCUCCCUCAUUUCCACUGCCCAAAGCUGAGGCCUAUGGGUUGCUGUAUUAUACUGACCUCAGAGGAAAUAUUUUUAUUAAGACUGACAGGUUUUUUUAGAUUGGCAUAUAUUUAAAAUCGUCAUCUAGCAGCCAGAUUGUUUGCUGUGAUUGGGAAUGAUGUUUUAGUUCUCAUGAUUUUUAUGAGAGUCAGUAAUAACUUUGUUGGUGGAAAACAUUACAUUUUACAGCAGGCGACAGCUGUUAUAAUCACAAUGUUAAAAAUAUAAGGUUGAAAAUACAUGUACAUGACUGUUUAGUAAACAGUUAAAUUGAAUGGUAGAUUAAGGUUCCAGAUGAAAUCAAGCCAUACAAGAUAACUGUAAAAUGUCUAAGUUUAUGUCAGAAAAAAAGCAUACACUAUAGUUUGUGGGAACAGCCGUUCCUCACUGCUCCUCACCACUGGGGACUCGGCGACAGAAAUACCAUACUGAUGACGUAAAUCAGUGUUUAUAUAAUAAAUCGGGUUGUCAUGGGGUUCCAAAUGCAAAAUUUGUUCAAUUUUGUGUUUCUCCUGGUUGAUUUUGGUAAAGUGUUGUGUUCUUCUGCGAACGAGCUGCAGCAAAACUCAAAUGCUUCUUCUAGAGAAGAAUAUAUUCCACAAAUUUUGACUGUUUUCUUAUAGUUUCAGCGCAUUUGCAUUUGACCUUUGUAGCCUUUUGUCUUUUGUCUCUCGUUCGUAAAUAAUAGCUAAAAUUUAUUUUACUACUCCAUCCUCCAAUCAGCACUUAUGACCGGAUUCUGGACAGAUUUUACAUCAUCAUAUGGAAUUUCUUUGCUGAGAUGUUCCUCCGCGCGAAACAUCACCAACGGAGAGGAGCAAGGAGAAAUGGCCGUUUUCGCAGGCUACAUACUCCACUCGGAUGUUCAAAAUAAGUAUUUCUUGAUUUUGUAUCCUAGAUGCCUCAGCAGCAGCAGCAGCAGCAGUCUCUAUCACACAGUCACCCUGGAUAUGGCCCUCCAACAACAGUAGCAAUGCCAUCAGGCAACAUGAUGCCAGGUUACCCUCAACAACCACAGCAACCACAAAGAUACAAUCCGUACAGACCUCCUCCCCAACAGCAAGGCUUGUCACACAUGCCGUACCCUGCACAACAACAGCCAACACCUAUGCAGGGACAAUCUGUCAUGGGUCAACCGUCACCUAUGGGACAAGCACCUGUAGGACAGUCACCAAUGCAACAGCCACCUCUAGUGUGA